UCUGCCUGGCUCUGCCUGAUGGCUGAGUGCCGGAGCUGGGGGCUUGCUGGGCAGGAUGGGAUCUGAGCUCUACAAACAUACAGCAAAGGGAAGAAACAAACAGAAACUGAGCAGACGGCGCCGAGAUGGACGAGGGGGGAACGAAUCCGAACGGCAGCAAGCUGCAGGGAGCUGCAGGCCAGGUGUCUGCCACGUCCGUGCCAAACCCAGUGAUGAGAGACUUUGUUUCAGACUGGUCUCCUGUGCACGAUGCCUCCAUUCAUGGACGUCUGCUUGCCUUGCAGAACCUCAUCAAGCAGGGCAGUGAUGUUAACCUUCUCACAGCAGACCAGGUGUCUCCCCUGCACGAGGCCUGCCUGGGGGGCCAUGCUGCUUGUGCCAGGCUCCUGUUAAAACACGGUGCCCAGGUGGAUGCAGUGACUGUGGACUGGCACACUCCUCUCUUCAGUGCCUGUGCCAGUGGCAGUGUGGCUUGCUUGGCUGUACUGCUGCAGCAUGGAGCCAGCCUGCACCCACCCUGCGACCUGGCAUCCCCCCUCCACGAGGCUGCCAGGAGAGGAACAUGUCCUGCUGCCACAGACCACAGUGUGCUUGUGACCACUCUCUGUUCUCCUGGGUGCUCUCCAGGCCAUAUCAGCUGCCUGAGACAUGCAGGAGCAAGAAUGCUGGAGCCCUCCAGCCUGCUGCCCUGCCUCCUCUCCAGCUCUGGUGCCUCUGCAUCACCUGGGAGCAGCAGCACACAGCCAUGUCCUCCUCAAGGCUUCUGGAGAGCCUUGGGGUUUUCACUGCACUGUGCAGGCUCCUGCAAGAGUGGCCUUGGUGUGCAAGAGCUGUGUGGGCAUAAUUAGCACCAUCAGUGAGAGACAUGGAGUCCCAGGUCUCAUCUCCUGAGUGGAGACACUGCCAGCUUCCAGUGCACAAACUGCUGCUGGGGUCUGCAGGGCUGUGAGCUGCCAGUCUGCUUUUUGCACACAGGACAUUAAGGAGGGUGGAUCAAAUGCUACCUGGAUGUUUGCAUUUGAUGUCCUUUGCAAUUCAGAUUCUCAGCUGGACAAGGUGACUGCUGGCUGCAGGUGGUUUGGUUCUUUUGUGCUGGCCAAGCACAGCAAAAUCUGUUCUGGUGGUUUUCACAGGGUCACAGAGUGUUAGGGGUUAGGAGGGACCCUCAGACAUCAUCCAGACUGACCCCCCUGCCAGAGCAGGAGCACAGGAAUACAGCCAGGGCGGGUUGAAAGGCUCCAGAGAAGGAGACUCCACAACCUCUCUGGGCAGCCUGCUCUAGGGCUGUGCCACCCUCACUGUAAAGGAGUGGAACCAAGCAGGACAAAAGGACAAAGGUAGUGAUGUCCACACUGCCCUUGGGACAGAAGCAGAUCUUCACUGAUCUGACCCAGUUCAUUACACAUCCUUUGAUCCGUGUGAAAAUUCCCUGGCUGGUUGAGGAUCCUUUCC